UUUUUUUUUCAGUUACCGAGCGAGUCGAAUUGUUUAGCGGAAAGUAGCCGUAAUCGCGUGCACGCGAAAAGACGACCGGGAGCUUGCCCUCGGAGCGGUGUUUCCAAGUCGCACGGACGAUCUUAGUUCCCGUUUCUACGUUAACUUCGCGGGAUAAUCGUCCACGUGCGCGGUCAGAGAGCAUCGUCGAAGAGCAGUAGGGAUCGCGAUUACAAGACUCACAAGCGAGGAACAAAAUGUCGGUGAACGUGGACACGCUGAGCGAUUCCGAAGUGCGGAUGAAACUGAAGGAGUAUGGUUACGAUGUGGGACCGGUGACGCAUACGACCCGCAGUACAUACAUUAAGAAAUUGAAGAACCUCAUCGAGACCCGCGGCGGUAACAGCGGGGGAGGAGGAGGGCCCCGGCAAUCUUUGGCCGCAAGAUAUAGCAGCGAUGAUACAGACGACGACACAAACAAUGUCAUUAAGAAGAAAAAGAGUGCAAAUUUACGUCGGCAGACGCUAGCGAAUCCCAUGCCUCCACCUUCGAUUAUUCCUGAUGUUACAAAUGUAACAAAGAAACUAGUUAAAGAGAAUAUAUCGCCAUCUCAUUCAGAAUUCAAGGAUCCUAAUGCAAUAGAUUUCGAUAAUUCGAGCGUGUCUUCUAUGACUCGUGUAACAUCAAAAACUACACACAAUAAACUUAUCAAGACACAAAGAUCAUCCUAUGUGUCAGAUGGUUUAGAGACUGGAUCAGACUCGGAUGCAGUGGAAGAUACUGGAAGCACACAUGCACGUUCAUAUGAUAGGUACCUAUCCAGUCCGAGUAGCAGAUUGUCCGAUUCUCGAGUACAUGAUCGUGGAAUGUUUGAUUAUGAUCAAACAUCGAAAACCAGACCUGUUCAUAUAACAAAGGACACGAAAUAUAAUGUUUCUCCUUUAAAACCAAGUGUCUCCUCGAUUCAAUUUACAAAAGAAGACGCGAGUGGAAGAGAUACAAAUCAGAGAGACCUUCUUGCAAACUAUGAAACUCCAUUUUUAUCAGAGUUUACAAGAAGACUUAGUUCACGAUCGCUGAUAAAUACAUCACCAUCAACAUUAAAAAAUCCUACAUUACGACACACUCUGUCAUCUGGUCUACCAGAAGUAAAAGAAAGAGAUUCAAAUGGUCAUUUUUCAUCUUUAAGGACCAUGUAUUCACCAUCGAGCCAAUCAUCAAGGCAAACAUUGUUUAGUUCGAGACACAACGCGUCAUCCGUCGAUAGAGUCCGGGAUAUCAUUAGUAGAACGACUUACAAACCAUCAACGACGAAUACAAGGGAAGAUGUACGAAACAAUCAGAAUAUUGUAUCAAUGGGCCUUGUGGCAGUACUUGCUUUAUUUUUUGUAGUCCUUGCAAUAAUAUAUCUGGGACUUGGUAAUCAAGACGGAAAAACUGAGACCAUUCCAUCAAUCUCAACGGAUAACAACAUACCACAAUGUUUCGUUGUUGACUCUCUGAAUCUUAAGCAACCUGGAGUAAAUUGUGUAUUGAAACAAAACAUAGAGUCUGUGUUGCAACUUAUAAGACGCUUGCAUCCUAUUCUAAUGAAAAAGGCAGUGUCUAAAAUAUGUGAGAACUCAAAUGAGAAACCAUAUUUAAUUGAUAAGGAUAUUAUAGAGAUGUUUAUGAGUGAGAAAGUAACGAGCCUUGAAGUGAAGGAUGAUCUGCAUAGUGCACAAGUUUUAAUCUUUAAAAAUCCUAAAUGGGGUAUUUCGCUUAUUGAUAUAAAUGACGAUAAUGGAGAGACUUUCAAAGAAUUAGAUGCUUUGGAAGAGAUAUUGUUUGCUCGUCAUAAUGAAAAACUGGGAAUGACAAUUCUAAAUCCUGAGCUGCCAAUGCAAUGCCUUGUUAAGAACAAGCUUUUUACCAUCUUUUCCUCUCUCCUUAUAGUGGCAAUUGUUUUAUUAACAGGUAUUGGAAUUUAUAAAUCAUAUCUUUGGUAUUUAAAAUAUAAAAAAUGUACGGAAAGAGAGGUAUUUAAGCUUGUUAGUGAAAUUAUAAGUAUCGUUGAGACGCAUCAUCAAAAUGCGUCCAUGCAACCUGGUGGUGCACAGGAAAGUUUUCUCGCCAUAAAUCAUGUGCGAGACAAUCUUAUUCCACCAAAAGAUCGCAAAAGAAUGACAAGUCUCUGGGAGAAGGCAGUGAAGUUUUUAGACGAAAAUGAAUCUAGAAUUCGACGAGAAGUACAACAAGUGGCAGGAGAAGAGUUUCAUGUAUGGCGAUGGUUGCCGAAUAAUGCUUUAAAUAAAUCUCCUGUACAGAACGCGUCUUCGGGUAAAAAACCGAAAGUUUGGCAAGGACAAGCAUUUGAAACGAUGGAGGGUUCAGUUAAUAGUUUGACUUGUUCACCAACACCUUGCUUGAAAAUCAGACAUAUGUUUGAUCCAGAUAUUGAAACCGAAGAUGAUUGGGAAACGAGAGUACAGGACGCUAUUUUGGAAAAAUGCGGGGAGGGCGUAAAGAUACUCCAUAUUCGCGUAGACAUCGGUAGCCGUGAAGGUUGCGUUUAUAUGAAGUGUAUGUCGCAAAAAGAUGCCGGUGAAGCUUAUAGAGCGUUACAUGGAUGUUGGUUUGAUGGUAAAUUAGUAACUGUGAAGUACCUGAGAUUAGAACGUUAUCACGAGCGAUUUCCGGAUGCUGCUCGCUGUAUAACGCCUCUCAAACCAAGUAACAAUCAACGAUUAUCCCUACAAGCGCAUUAUUGGCAGAGUCCUGCAGAGGCAAAUUAACAACUGACGUUUCUGUUUGGAUACUCACAAAAAUAUGAACUCUUGUAUCUGAUCAUACGCAUAAUUACUUGCUGACCAGAACUGACCUUUUUACUCUUUUUCGUUUCAAAAUAUAAAAUAUCUUUAUGUGCUACAGCACAAUACAUACAUAUUACAGGAUUGAAAACGCUUCGAUUUUAUAAAAACAUUUUCCUUAAUUUGCUAAUUUGUGUAUUAUAUUCUACUUUAUAUGUUUUAACAUGAAGACAGAGAAAUUGUGUUUUUAAUA